UUCAAUUCAAUUCAAUUCAAUUCAAUUCAAUUCAAUUUCAUCACACAACAUACACUCUCUCUCUCUCUCUCUUUCUUUCUCUCUCACAAUUAAAUUAAGCUUUAUUAAAUCACCCCCUCUCUUCAUUAUAUAAACAUGGCCUUCCUUCAAGGUCCAAACCCUCCAAUACAAACAUAAAACAUCACUUUCUUUCUUAUAUCUUCCACUUCUCCUUCAAAUCCUUAAGGUGAAAGACAGAAAGAGUAGCCGAAGAGGAAGAAAACCAAUAACUAACAAAACCAUGAGUCAGAGGAAUGGAAGGUUUCCAAAGCUUGACUUGAAGCUGAACCUAUCACCACCAAGGGUUGACCGGAGGAGGGUGGUGGAGGAGGAGGAGUUGUCGCCGGCUCGAUCGGCAACCGUGUCGCCGCCGAGUUCGUGCGUGUCAACUGAGCUGAAUAACCAAGAUGACAACGACAGUGUGAAGUGGUCAGACAGCCCUGAAGCUACGUUCAUGGUGGUGGUUGGUUGCCAACGUUGUCUCAUGUAUGUGAUGCUAUCUGUUGAUGAUCCUAAGUGUCCCAAAUGCAAGAGCACCGUUUUGCUUGAUGUUCUUCAAGACAACAACAUUGACAACAACAACACAAGGAGGAACAAGAACUAGACUAGUAUUUUAUUUUCUACCUUCUUUUGAGUACUUCUUUUGCGGCAGAAAAAUCUUUCUGUGACUCUUUUAUUUUCCUUUUACUUGUUACCUUUCACUCUGUCACUAUUUUUAGUGACAGAGUGAUAAGUACUCAAAAUAUAACAAGUCUAAGAAAGAUGAAUCGUCUUAUUACUAUUUUUUCUGCUGCUAGAAAUACUUGUUAUUAGGAUUUUAGUUCUAGUAACCUCUAUCACCUUUUUUUUUUAAACCUAUCUUCUUAUGUUAUUGCUCUUUUCUCUUGUAGGAUGAGUAUAGUGCUACUUGCGCUCCAUUUUCUUUUAACGGUUUUUCCCUCUUCUUAGAACUGAGGGCAUCACAAUUCCCCCCCCCCCCCACACAAAGAGUGGAGCGUAAAUAGCACUAUUCUAGUUAUAUAAUUAAUAUGUAAUAUUGGAAGAAAAAAAAUUGAGUAUCUUUCUGAGACUGGAUUCAGAAUUUCUGCACUGGCAGUUUUACUUGUGUUUAGGUGAAUUGGACCUUAGUUUUUUCUUGACUUCUUUUUAUGAUAGAUA